CACGGACUCUGUUUACCGGAGCGCAAUUUGACAGCUGAUUGGAGUUGUGUAGACGUGUACUUUGAGCACUGAAACAGUCGUCUAGCCCCGCUGUUAUUUCAUUUACAGUACUUUACCUAGCUCACACUGUUGUUGUAUUUUUGUUUGUUUAUUUGGAGCCGUUAUUUGUAAGAGUAAUGGCGACGGUGGAGGAGCUGAAGCUGCGGGUGAGAGAGUUGGAGAACGAGCUGAUCAAGUGUAAGCAGCGGCAGUGUGCGGCGGAGGAUGCUGACAGCAGGCAGGCGCCUCACAGGCAGAAAAUAGACAAGAUGAGCGCCGAGGUGGUGGACUCCAACCCGUACAGUCGCCUGAUGGCUUUGAAGAGAAUGGGAAUCGUGGAUGAUUAUGAGAAAAUCCGGACAUAUACAGUAGCUGUGGUUGGUGUUGGGGGAGUGGGCAGUGUGACAGCUGAAAUGCUCACAAGAUGUGGCAUUGGUAAGCUGCUCCUCUUUGACUAUGAUAAAGUGGAGUUGGCCAAUAUGAACCGGCUGUUCUUCCAGCCUCACCAGGCUGGCCUCAGUAAAGUGGAAGCAGCAGAGCACACACUCAGAGACAUUAACCCAGAUGUGGCAUUUGAGACCCAUAACUACAACAUCACCACCAUGGAUAACUUCACACACUUCAUGGAUCGCAUCAGUCAUGGAGGGCUGGAGGAGGGGAAGCCGGUGGAUUUAGUCCUAAGCUGCGUGGACAACUUUGAGGCCAGGAUGGCUAUCAACACAGCCUGUAACGAGCUAGGUCAGAUCUGGAUGGAGUCUGGUGUGAGUGAGAACGCUGUAUCAGGACACAUCCAGCUCAUCAACCCUGGAGAGACGGCCUGCUUUGCUUGUGCUCCUCCCCUGGUGGUAGCAGCCAACAUCGAUGAGAAAACCUUGAAGCGAGAGGGAGUGUGUGCCGCCAGUUUACCAACCACAAUGGGCGUGGUCGCAGGCAUCCUGGUGCAAAACGUGUUAAAGUAUCUGUUAAAGUUUGGUACCGUCAGUUACUAUCUUGGUUACAACGCCAUGCAGGACUUCUUCCCCACCAUGGCGAUGAAAGCCAAUCCCCAGUGUAGCGACUACCACUGCAGGAGACAACAAGAGGAGUACAAGAGGAAAGAAGCAGAGCGGCCAAAAGAUGAAGUUGUAGAGGUGGAGGAGGAGGUCGUACAUGAGGACAAUGAGUGGGGUAUUGAGUUAGUAUCAGAGGUGACUGAUGCAGAGUUACAAGCUGCCUCGGGCCUCGUCCCUGACCUCCCAGAAGGCAUCACUGUGGCGUACACCAUUCCAGACAAGGACGCAGAAGGAGGAGACACUGUAGAGGACACCGACCAGAGUCUAGACGAGUUGAUGGCUCAGAUGAGGAAGAUGUAGUCAGGACUCUGAGGAUUCAUGUCUGCUUUUCAGAAAGACAUGUUGUACAGUGGUGCUGUAUCAGUUUCCGCAGAUGCUGAAAUUAAGCAGCUGUAGUUCCAAUACUUUUUUUUUUUUUUUUUUUUUUUUUUUAAAUAACAAGCAUCCU